AGUGCGGUGGGAAGAUGGCGGAUGAUCGGAAGCGGGCGGACAACGCGAAACAUCGGCGGGGGGAGCAGCUUAAGCGAUGGCUCGGUUCCGAGACCGACCUGGAGCCGCCCGUCUUCAAGAAGAAGAAGACCCGAGUCAAGUUCGACGACGGUGCCGUGUUCCUGGCCGCCUGCUCGAGCGGUGAUACCGAGGAGGUGAAGCGGCUGCUGGACCGCGGGGCUGAUAUCAACUACGCCAAUGUGGAUGGGCUGACGGCGCUGCACCAGGCUUGUAUUGAUGAAAACCUUGAAAUGGUGAAGUUUCUCGUGGAGCACAGUGCAGAUACCAAUCAGCCAGAUAAUGAGGGCUGGACCCCACUGCAUGCUGUGGCAUCCUGUGGAUAUAUCAAUAUAGCUGAGUAUUUAAUAAAUAAUGGAGCCAAUGUUGCUGCUGUUAACAGUGAAGGAGAAAUCCCAUCAGAUAUUGCAGAGGAAUCAGCAAUGAAAGACCUUUUACAAGAUGAAAUAAAUAAGCAAGGAAUUGAUGUUGAGGCUGCAAGGAAAGAGGAGGAACACCGAAUGCUCCAGGAUGCCCGACAGUGGCUGAACAGUGGCAGAAUUGAAGAUGUAAGAAACACCAAAUCAGGUGGCACAGCUCUACACGUGGCUGCUGCAAAAGGCUACUUGGAGGUUUUAAAGCUGCUAAUUCAAGCUGGAUACGAUGUAAAUGUCAAGGACAAUGAUGGGUGGACACCACUGCAUGCUGCUGCUCACUGGUGCAAAGAAGAAGCCUGUAGAAUUCUUGUGGAGAAUUUUUCUGACAUGGAAGCUGUAAAUAAAGUGGGUCAGACACCUUUUGAUUUAGCAGACGAAAGUAUUAUUGAGCUUUUAGAGGAACUCCAGAAGAAACAAAAUAUUCUUCGUACUGAGAAACGAGCUGUGAGAUCAACACUCAUUGAAUCAACUGUAAAUUGCAAAGUCCAGGCCAAGCAUUUGAGUAAAGACACCAUCUUUUCUGAAGUAAAAGAAACAAAGCGUAAAUUGUCUGAUCGAGAAAAACUCAAUGAAGAAAGUAAGAAAGAUGAAUCCAGCAGUUCCAGUUCUGAAGAAGAGGAUGAUGCCUCUGACUCUGAGUCGGAUGUAGACACAGAGAAAUCAAAGCCAUCUAUCAAAAAUAAUAUAAACAGCAAACUGAACAGCCGAAGCUUGCAGCCAGCUCCAACUGCAGGGCAGUCCACUCAAUUCACAGCUACCACAACAACAAGAAAGAUUAUUAGCCCUUUUCUCAAAUCUACUGCCAAAGAUGAAGAAGGUAAAGAUGAAUCUCCAGCUUCUUGGAGAUUGGGGUUGAGGAAGACUGGAAGCCAUGAUGCACUGAGUGAAAUUAGUAGCUCCCAAGCACUGAAAGAGAAGGACUCAUUUGGGAUUAUCCGAUCUGCUUCAAGUCCACGUCUUUCAACCAUAUUUGAUAACCGGGAAAAGGAUAAAGAUAAUAAAACUAGGCUUGUGUAUGUUGCACCAACAAUUCCUAACAGAAGACUACAUAGCACAUCUGACAUUGAGGAAAAAGAAAAUAGGGAAUCAGCAGCUAGCCUUAUAAGAAGUGGUUCGUAUACAAGACGACAGUGGAAGGAUGACUUCAAAGAUACAAAUCAUGCAGGAAAUGAAAGCAGCAUGUCUGUAAAUGCAGCAACCACAAACACAGUGCCUUUAUAUCAGCGAAGGUCCUAUCUCACUCCUGUCCGAGAUGAAGAAGCAGAAUCCCAGAGAAAAGCUCGAUCCAGGCAGGCCAGGCAGACCAGAAGAUCAACACAGGGUGUAACACUAACAGACCUGCAGGAAGCUGAAAAGACAUUCAGUCGAUCUCGAGCUGAGAGACGGGCUCGGGAACAACAGGAGAAGGACGAGAAGGAAAAGCAAGAUGUGGAAAAGCAAGAUGAGAAAAAAAAGUCUUUAACAACACAGGAUACCGAAGAGUGCAAGCAGAAAUCAAGUCAAAGCCCAGAGAAAGAAUCUGGUGAUCGGCCAUCACGAUAUACGUCACAACCAGAUAGUACACUUGGACCUCUCGCAUCGCCUUCCACAUCAGGCAGCUUCCAGUAUUCAGGAAUCCAACCAAACAGACUGAAUGGAAUUAUAGAUCAAACAUCUUACAGCUCACACUCAAAGAUUUUUACCAAGGAAAUGGCGAACAAUGGUGACUCUGAGAAAACAGUUGAAGAUGACAAAGAUGUUAAUGACAGGCAACUGUUAAUAAGAGAAAGACGAAGGCCAAGGGAGAAGAGACGGUCUACUGGAGUGUCAUACUGGACUCAAGAUGGUGAUGAAAAUGAUGGAAAUGAAGAGGAGAAAGGCAUCUGGCAUGAUCGAAUCAGCAGGUUGGAUUCAGGAUCAUCAAAUUCUUCAUCAGCUGACAGUUACAGUGACCGUUUAUUAAGUCGAACCAGUUCGUACACGCGUAGGGAGCAUCGACUGUCAUCCCUUAGUAAAGUUGAACAGGAAGACAGGGUCAAGGAUUACAAGAAGUUAUAUGAAGAGGCCUUGACUGAAAAUGAGAAACUUAAAGCCAAACUGCAGGAGGCACAGCUGGAACUUGCUGAAGUAAAAACACAGCUGGAGAGAGCUUCACAGAAACAAGAUCGAAUUUCUGAUAAGUCUUCAAUGCUGGAGAUGGAGAAAAGGGAAAAACGUGCUUUGGAAAGGAAGGUUUCUGAAAUGGAGGAAGAGUUGAAGGUUUUAACAGAGCUGAAAUCAGACAACCAAAGGCUGAAAGAUGAGAAUGGUGCACUAAUCCGAGUAAUUAGUAAACUGUCAAAAUGAAGGCAGCCUCUCUGAGCAGGAGGCAAAGAAAGCCAGAUCAGCUGAAACAGUCUGCUUGCUCUGUGAAAGAAUCAUCACAGUAAAGAAGCAGUUUCCUCAGAAGUGGGGGAAGCUUCUGUUUAUAUCUUACCUGUUUGUGGCUUUCUCCCUGCAUAUGUUAUCUAUAAAUGUUCAUCAAACUGUGAUCUUAUUCACCAACUAUAAGGUCAUUAUUCACGUGUUCGAACAGCCUUGUUUACAAGAAAUGUUAGGGUGAAAGUUCUGAAUUCCUUUUUAAAAUUCCAGGUAUCUGUUUGUUAAGGGGAUGUUUGUAGCUUCUUGAAAUCAAGCUGCAAUUUGAAGUCUUUCAAGAAUGGCUUUAAGAAAUGCCUUCCACUAUGACAUCAGCUCAAUCAUGUUAACGGUGCACUUCACUUUAGCUGUGUGUUGGAAAGGAUCUUUGAUUAUGCAGUAUUCGCUUCUUUGCACAGUAAUUAAAAUCACUGCAGAACCAUGGCUUAUUUCUUUUUUAAAAUUAAAAACCAUCAGCUAGACUGUAUGGUACAGUAAGUAUUAAUUAAAGUGCAAUAUGCUGUUUUAUUAUUUUAAUGUGAUACUCAUUAGAUUCACUGCCUUUAUUUCACUUUACUUCUGCCUUCAUUAUUAACAGUGAAUUUUGAUUUCGUUUUGCAAUUUUUGUAACUUGGUUUAUUGAUCAAGCUCUAAUAUAUUCGAGGAGAAAGUGAGGUCUGCAGAUGCUGGAGAUCAGAGCUGAAAAGGUGU